AUGGUUGGGAAGACCUGCGAUGAUAGGGUAUCAGCAGAGAAGGAACUGGUAUUGGCGAGAAGUACCUGCGAUGAUAAGCUACCGGCAGAGAAGGGACUGGUAUUGGCGAGAAGUACCCGCGAUGAUAAGGUAUCGGUAGAGAAGGGAGUGGUGUUGGGGAGAAGUACCCGCGAUGAUAAGGUACCGGUAGAGAAGGGAGUGGUGUUGGGGAGAAGUACCCGGGAUGAUAAGGUACCAUCAGUAAAGUCGUCUGAUGGUAUGUUAAUGUUGCUGACCGAUGACACUGGCACAUACCGGAUGGAGUGUAGCAACAGAUGA